AUGUCUGAAUGGUCCGAGAAUUGUAGUCUAAAGGUCAUAAUCGACCUGCAUUUAGCUGCAGCUGCUAAGGAGAUCUUGUGGCUCCUGCAGGACCGCCACGAAGUAGAGGUAGGGGAGCUCAGGGAGAUGGUGAUGGAGCGGAUCACCGCAGCCGUGGAGCUCAUCCUCACUGCGUUUGAAUCGAGCAGAGCAGCCGAGAGAGGACCACAAGAACACGGCAAAUGUAUUACAGUGGCUUCAGCAGAGGAACGGAAAGAGUUGCAGCUUUUGGUUGGUGUCAGGAGUCUCCCUUAUGCCAAACAUCUGAAUCAGGAAGCCUCAGUCGAGGGCCGACUGAAAGAGGCUCUUCCCAGUACUUCCUCUCAGCUAGACAAAGUCUCUGAACCGGACCACCAUCCAGGCUCUCCAGUGGAUCCAACUGCAGAGGAGGAAGAAGAUACGACAGAAGAAACAUCUCACAGCUGCAAAGUGUGCGGGAAAUCCUUCGGCAAAAAGGGUUUUUUAUUCAAACACGUGGAGAAACACCAAAAGGAGGCGGAGUGUCGCUGUGGUGUGUGUGGCGUGCUGUUGGAGUCCGGCGACGGUCUGAGACGGCAUCUUCAAACCCACCGUGAUAGCAGCAGGACCUGCGACGUGUGUGGCAAGAAGUUCCCCUCGAUCCGAGCUCAGGAGACGCACCUGAGGCUGCACACGGGUGAGAAGCCUUUCAUCUGCUGCUUGUGCGGCAAAGGCUUCGCCCAGAAGGGCAACAUGAUAACUCACAUGAAGAUCCACGCGGCGGAGAAGCCCCUCGCGUGCACUAUCUGCAGCAAGGAGUUCAGCCAGGCCGACUCUCUCGAGCAACACAUGAAGGACCACGAAAGUCCGGCACAAUUCAGCUGCAAAGUUUGUGGACAGGGCUUCCCGACCCGCUCGGACCUGAGGCAGCACACCAAAAGCCACGAGGCUGACGAGCCGCCCGUCGAGGGAAGCAAACGUCGGAAACCAAGCCCCACGCCGUCUCACUGCUGCAAAGUCUGCAAGAACACCUUUCACAACCGGGGCAACCUGCUGCGCCACGCGGAAGCCCAUCUGAAUGAUCCGGACUUCCUCUGCGGCGUCUGCGGGGAGUGCUCCGAGUCCCUGGAGAGCAUGCAGAUCCACAUCCAGAGCCACCGAGAGAAGAGCAGGACCUGCGAGAUCUGUGGCGCCACCUUCAAGGACAUGGAGAUCCACAUGAGGACGCACACGGGCCAGAAGCCCUUCAGGUGCAGAGACUGUGGCAAGGACUUCCCCAGGAAGGGCUCGCUGGAGCGCCACGUGAAGCUGCACACCAGCGAGAGGCCGUACAUCUGCGAGUUCUGCGGGAAGACCUUCAUCGAGAGCACGGUCCUGAAGAGGCACAUCAAGAGCCACAUGGGACGGAGGCCCAAGAAGCACACCUGCGAGGUGUGCGGCAAGAAGUUCAUCUUCAGCCAGCACCUGGACGUGCACAAGAGGAUCCACACGGGGGAGAAGCCCUACACGUGCAGGGUCUGCAGCAGGAGCUUCAGGCAGAUCGGCAACCUGGACUCGCACAUGCGCAUCCACACCGGCGAGAAGCCCUUCAUCUGCAGCCUGUGCGGGAAGAGGUUUCGGCAGAAGAUCUCCAUGGAGACGCACGAGAGGUUCCACAAGAAGGAGAAGGCCUUCGUCUGCCAGCACUGCGGCAAAGGCUUCGUGCAGAAGAUCGACCUGAAGAGACACAUGCUGACGCACACGGGCGAGAAGCCCUUCAGCUGCCAGGUCUGCGAGAAGAGGUACCAGGAGAAACGCUCUUUAGAUUCCCACAUGAAGGUCCACACCCGAGAACAGGCCGCCAAAGAUCCGACGGGGACGCAGAGCACAAAGCAACAGGAGGCCAGUUCGCUCUUCGGUCUCCUCCCUCCUGAUAGUCGGGUGUCGUCGGCUCGGAACUCCCGACUGCUGAGGGUGUCGGUACGGGAGCGGAUCAGCGCGGCCGCCGAGGAGCUCCUGCAGCAGCUGGAAAAGAGAGAGGAGGCGGCCGGGCUCCGGGAGCUCCGGGAGCUGCUCACCGAGAGGCUCACCGCCGAGCUCACCGGGCUGUUCGAGGGAGCCGUGGCCGAGUACGAAGACCGCCUCCGGCGCUCCGAGCAGGAGAUACGCCGCCAAGAGAGGCUGCUGGACGCCGUGCUGAAGCCGCAAGUGAGGCUGACGAGAGCGGACGCGACCGGGUCGGUCUCGUUGUCUGCGCUCGCGCCGGCCGCGGGAGGCGCGCGCCGACCUGCCCGCACUUCCGCUCGACGUCAAAAUAAAAGCUCAAAUAGAGCGGGGACGGAAAAGCAACAGGAGGCAACAGACAAAGAGUCUUUGCAGGUGGUGACCGUGAUAGACACAAACCUACAGCCAGCUGUCAAACCAGCAGAUUUAAACAAGGACGACCCUGAGAUCGAUACCAGCGACGCCUCCGGCCUCUCGGCGUAUUCCUGGCCCUUGCUCGGCUACCACCGACCUGUCUCCGAGAGUAGCAUCGAAGAGCACGAUGACGACUGGUCCGGGCCGAGUCCGGUCCUUAGACCUGCGAGGAAAAAGAAGAGGGGCCGGCCCUCUCUGGCGAAACUCGGCGCUGAGACGAAGAGGAAGCGUCCGCCUCCGUCUCAGAGCUUCGACUGCUACGCCUGUGGGCGCUCUCUGCAGGGCAAAGGUUUCCUGCUCAAACACGUCCUGACCGUCUGCGCCAGCAACCGGGACUCCCGCUGCGGCUACUGCGGCGAGCUCCUGAGCUCUGCGGACGGCCUCCGCGCCCACCUGCAGACUCACCAGAAGACCAGCAAAACCUGCUCGUUCUGCGGGAAGAGCUUCCACUCCAUCCUCGCGCAGGAGCUGCACGUCCGCCUGCACACGGGCGAGAAGCCGUACAGCUGCCACGUCUGUGGCAAGAAGUUCAGCCAGAAGGGCAAUCUGACCUCCCACCUGCACGUCCACGCCGUGGAGAAACCUUUCCAGUGUAAGGAGUGCUCCCGCGCUUUCUGCCACGCCACUUCUCUGGAGCGCCACGUGGAGGAGCACCACGCCGAGGAGCGCCCCGGGGGCGCCGCGCACGCCUGCGGCGUCUGCGGCCAGGAGUUCCGGGCCCGCCAGGGCCUGCGGAAACACAUGGCGAGCCACCGGAAGGACGGCUCUCGCGAGCCCAAAGGUUGCGGUGGCGGCAGCGGCCCGCCCGCGCCGCUCCCCUGCAGAGUGUGCGGGGAGGCCUUCGAGCGGAAGCCGGUCCUGGUGAGACACGCCGAGGCCCACCUGAAGGAGCCGGGCUGCCGCUGCGGCGUUUGCGGCCACCAGUACGAGUCGGCGGAGAAGCUGCGGGCCCACCUGCACUCGCACCGCGACGCCAGCAGCACCUGCGACACCUGCGGGAAGAGCUUCCCCGGGCAGUCGGCGCUGCUCAUGCACCUGAGGAUCCACACCGGGGAGAAGCCCUUUUCCUGCAGCUACUGCGGGAAGGCCUUCAACCAGAGCGGCAACCUGAAGACGCACCUGAAGAUCCACACGGGCGAGCGGGCCUUCUCCUGCAGCAUCUGCGGGAAGGGCUUCACCCAGAAGCAGACGCUGGACAUCCACGUGCGCUUCCACAAGAAGGAGAGGCGCUUCCUGUGCCAGGUCUGCGGAAAGGGCUUCAUGCAGGACGUGGACCUGAAGAGGCACAUCCUGAUCCACACGGGGGAAAAGCCCUACGGCUGCCAGGUGUGCGGGAAGAGCUUCCAGGCGAAGCGAUCACUCAACGGACACCUCAAAGCGCACGCAGCCGGAGGGGAGGAGGACCACGAGCCUGAGCUGGACGGCAGCACGGAGCUGGAGAGGAUGGACAGCUUCUACUCAGGAUACCUCCAGCUGAUGGACGCCUGUGCCGGGAUGUCACCGACAGAAACCCCGCCGCGAUGCGGGUUCAGAGCACUGGCGGACUCCGUCUCCGAGCUGCUCACCGGGAUGGGAGAGGAAAUCCUGGGGCUGCUGCAGAAGCGGGGCGGCUGCUCCGGGUCCUCCGGGGCGUCCGGUCGUCUGUUUCAGCGGCUGCGGCGGCUGCUAGCUGAGCGGACGGCGGCGGCUGCGCAGCGGAUAGUAGACAUGGUGGAGCGGGAGGCGGAGGGCUACUGGCGGCAGCUGGAGCGGCAGCGGCGGUUACUGGAAGCCCUGCUGAGCCCGGUGGUCCGGCUGAACCGAACGGACGCCGUCAGAUCGCCAGCUCCGAAGAUCCCUACGGAUGAUGACCUCCCCUUGCUGUCGGACCCCACCCACACGCCAUCAGGGCCGCCCAGUACCGCUUCCUCAGAGGUGUCAGCCGAUGAGAGCGAUGGCGACUGGGGUGGCAUUGCCGACAGCAAAGACACAGGCACACAGUCACGUCACUUCUGUGUCGUCUGUGGGAAAGCUUUCCGUCAAAAAAAGAACUUGGUAAAACAUGCUGGGAUGCACUCAGACUCCCCGGAGCACCCCCGCGGCGUCUGCGGACGACGCUUCGAGUCCUCAAGCUCUCUGUCGGGCCACCUGGCAUCUCACAGAGAAAACCUGGACGUAGGCGGGACAUGUGAGGUGUGCGGGAGGAGGUUUCAGAACAUGGAGGCGCACAUGAGGAGCCACACUGGAGUCAAACCGUUCAGCUGCGACUUCUGCAGCAAGCGCUUCCCCCGACCCGGAGCCCUGAGCAGACACAAGAAGAUCCACGGCAGAAGGAGCCCCGACGCCUGCCAGGUCUGCGGGCUGACCUUUACUGGGGCCGAUCCUCUCCGUGAGCACCUGAAGACGCACAACGAUGACACUAGUCACACGGCGAGAAAGGACGGCGAAUCAACACCGAAGAUAAACCCGGACCAGAGCCCUGCUGGGAAGUCGGGCUCGCUCUCCUGCAGGGUCUGCGGGGAUUCCUUCCACAGUUCCGGCUUCCUGAGGAAACACGCGGAGACGCACGGCAAAGAGCCUCAGAGCCCCUGCGGCGUCUGCGGGGAGCAGCUGGAUUCGCCGGACGGCCUGCGGACGCACCUGCGGUCACACGGAGAGACCGGCGGGACGUGCGUCAUCUGCGGGAAGACCUUCCGGAACAUGGAGGCGCACAUGCGGCGCCACACGGGCGUCAAGCCCUACCGCUGCGGCGUCUGCUGCAAGCGCUUCCCCCGCCCGGGGGCUCUGAGGCGACACAAGAAAAUCCACAGCGGAGAGCGGCCGCACGUCUGCGGGCAGUGCGGGAAGGCCUUCGCCGAGAGCUGCGCCCUGAAGUCCCACAGCCGGAGCCACUCCUGCCAGGACCAGGACGCCAGUCCUCCGGGGGACUGUCGAGAGGCCGGGACGCCUCAGUCCAGCUGCAAAGUGUGCGGGGAGCCUUUCCCGAGCGGCGGCCGCCUGAGGAAACACGCCAGGAGUCACUCGGCCGAGUCGGCCUGCGGAGUGUGCGGGGAGAGUCUGCGGCCGUCCGAGACGCUGCCGGAGCACCUGCAGACGCACAGAGAGGCCGGCCAGGUCUGCCACGUCUGCGGCCGGAGCUACCAGAACGUGGAGACGCACAUGCGGAGUCACACCGGCGUCAAGCCGUACCGCUGCAGCACCUGCGGGAAGUCCUUCCCCCGGCCCGGCGCCCUGCGGCGCCACGGCAGGAUCCACAGCGGCGAGCGGCCGUACAUCUGCGAGUUCUGCGGGAAGACCUUCCUGGACAACGGGGCCCUGACGGCGCACAUCAGGAACCACACGGGGGACAAACCGGCCAGCCGCGUGUCCUGCGAGACCUGCGGGAAGAGCCUGGCCUCGGCCCACGUCCUGGAGGUCCACAAGAGGAUCCACACCGGGGAGAAGCCCUUCCUCUGCCGGAUCUGCGGGAAGGCCUUCCGGCAGGUGGGGGGGCUGAACGCUCACACGCUGACGCACACCGGCGAGAAGCCCUUCAGCUGCAGCCUGUGCGGCAAGAGCUUCAGCACAAAGGGCUACCUGGAGACCCACAUCCGCUUCCACCGGAAGGAGCGGGCCUUCAGCUGCCAGCUGUGCUGGAAGGCCUUCGUCACCAAGAACGACCUGAAGAAGCACCUGCUGACGCACACCGGCGAGAAGCCGCACAGCUGCCGGGUGUGUGGGAAGAGCUACCAGGAGAAACGCUCCAGAGACGUGCACAUGAAGGUCCACCUGGGCGCGCAGGGCGGCAAAGAGCCAAUCAGGAGGCAGGAUCUCCCACAGCCGGACUUCAUCCAGCUGUAGCGGGCCCAGAGCAGCUGGCCCCCGUUUCACAAGCCGGCCAGGAUGACUGAAACUGAAACCGAAUGACCAGGACACGUCUGGUUUUUAUUUCAGAGCCUCAGAUAUUAAAAUAAAAAGUUAUCAAACUGAAGACAAAUAGUUACAGCUUUUCCUAAAUCAGAUAAAAGAGUGACAAAAUAUAAGCUAUGAAUUCAUUUUUGCUACAGUUUUGAAGCAAUCCUUGUCUCUGGGUUUUUUUUGCAUUUUCAUUGCAGGGGCAGCAAACAGGCCAAAUAAAACCACAAGAACAAAAGUGUAGGUGAACAGCUUGUUUUAGGUGACUUUUAGGUCAUGAAACCUAAAUAAGUGGAUGUUAUAUGUAGACAUUUCGAGAACUCUCUGGAUAUUUCCCUAUAUCUGCAUAUCUAGAACCUAAAACAGGAUUAUGGUUGUGUUGAUAAAUAUGUUAAUAUAACCCCACCCAAUGCAAAAGCUCUCUAUCGGAUCAAUUUGUGAACUUGGCAGUUGUUCUGUGAGUGAGUUUUUCCGUCCUCAGGUUUCUCUUUCCCUUCCCUGUGUUUACAGUGCAGCCCUGCCUCUCCUCCCCAGGCCGUUUUACAACCAUGGAUCCUGAGAGCAGACACACAAUUUAUAGGUGAAAAUGACUGAAAAGGCAGAUUUAUCAAGUGGGUCAGUGAGAUGUGACAGGAAGCUGAGGCUCACUGUCAACCACUUUAGAACUGAAGUGGCAUUUCCAGCUAUAGGCGAAAUAUCUUCAGCAGAGGUCCAGCUGCCCACAAUCAGGCUCUUAGGAUUUAUGGCAGCACGCCUGGGUAUAUUUCUUCGUGCAAGUUUGGAAAAGGUUUUAUAAUACACUUGAUUUAAUCAAUUUUGUCCAUUAUUGGGACUUUGUCGUGCGUUUAUCCCAUUAGUGCUUAAUUUCAACAGCUGAUAAAGAGCAGAUUACAGUUAACGGUCACACAUCUGCCGCUGUUGUUGUUUUUUUUUAUACAGA